AUGAAGAAGACGAUCACCAAAAGACAAAUUAAGUCUACUUUUAAAGCGCAUGAUAUGGACGAUACGGGUGCUUUAAAUGCAAAAUGUCUUUACAAAGCUCUGGUAUCACUGAAACUACCUGUUGAACUAUCCGAUAUGGACGAUCUGUUUGAAUCAGUGGGCCGAGAAAAAGAAGCUUCAGUUGAAUUGGAUGAUUUCAUAGACAUUGUGCUCGAGUUAAAGGGAGACACAGACAGCGAUGUAGCAAACGAUUUUGAGGAAGAAGAGGAAGACGAUGAGGAAGAAGAGGAGCCAACAGCUGAUAUUGCAUUCCAAAUGCUAGCAGAUCCUGCAGUGAACGGCAUUACACUGCAAAGUUUAUUGAAAGUAUGUGAAACGCAGGAUGAAUCAUGGACGAAACAGCAAAUAAUGGAAAUGAUGAAUGAGGCCGAUUUGAACCAUGAUGGGCUUAUUGACCCCAACGAGUUCAAGAUUGUUUGUAAAAAGGCAGGCUUAUAA